AUGAAGAUCCUAUUCUCCGCAGUGUUCAAGCCUGGCACCGAGGCGCCCGGCAAGGACGGCCCUGUCAUGCUAUCGCAGGCCGCCGAGCUCUCCUCCCUCGGCUUCUUCCAGCGCAGUACCGCGAAGGAAGUCUUUGUCAUGUUCUCGCGGCAGUUUGCAAAGGCGUCCACGGAGCCAGGGCAGCGCUCGUCCGUCCGGAAGGACGGGUACAUGAGCCACGUGUACCACUCGCCCAUGGGCGUCGUCGCCGUCUGCUUCGCUGACGACGAGUACCCGCAGCGUGUCGCCUUUGGCUACUUGUCAAAG